AUGCAAUUGGCACACCCAUGCAUUGUACAGUUGCACUACUACUUCGAGGAUCAGCACAAUGUCCUGUUGCUGUUGGAGUAUGCCAAUGGCGGAGCCCUUUUCAGCUAUGUCAGAAGCCGUGGUCAUUUACCUGAACCAGAAGCUGCAAGGUAUUUUGCCAACGUGGCCUUGGCGCUUACUCACCUGCACAGGUACCAAAUCGUGCACCGUGACUUGAAACCCGAGAACAUCUUGCUGUGUGGCGACUCACCCAAGAAGGCGAAAUUGGCGGAUUUCGGCUGGUGUGCUGAGCUUUCUGAAUCCCAGGAGCGCUUAACAUUCUGUGGAACUUUUGAUUAUCUCUCGCCAGAAAUGUUGGAGAACGAACCACACGACAAGGGUGUGGACCUUUGGGCUGCAGGUGUUCUGGUCUUCGAGAUGUUAACAGGGCGACCUCCAUUUCAGGCCUCCAGUCAAGUGAAACUGGUGAACCGCAUUGUAAAGGUGGAUUUUCAGGUUCCCAGUUCGAUGCCGCCGCUGGCGGCGGAUUUAGUGAAGAGCCUUCUGAAGCGGAAUCCAAGUGAGCGCUUGGACCUGAAGGAAGCUAUCACUCACCCAUGGAUUUGUCUCCAUGUUCCUGGGACAUCUUUGGAAUUGAGUCAGUCUUGCAGUGAGAUCUCCGCCUUGAAGCAAGUGGAACCCCUGAGGUCAAGGCACGACACGCACGAAGCCAAGGUGAAAGAGUUGGAGAUGGAUUCUCCCCCGAGGCGAAAGGAACCCGCGCCAGCGACUGGCGAGGCGUCGGAAAACCCGAACACCGUCUCGCCGGCUUCCACCGUCUCGGUACCACAGACGAGAGCAGGAUAUUCUGAUGCACGCAGCCAGGACUCCUCUGUCUCCCCCGCCUCCACUGUGCAGGUGGCGAGCCGCCCCAAGCCCUCGGUGAUGCCCUGGUCUGAGGGGAAGACUCCCACCGAGAGAGGAUCUAAGGGCGAUACCAGCAAUAGCUGCACGCCAACUCCGAAGGAAGCUGUGAACAACCUGGACUUUGGGUUGGAUCGAAAGGACAAUAGAGCUGGCAGCAAGGACUCCAACUCAGCGCCGGAUUCCUCACUAAAGUGGCACGAAACCGAAACCUUCGCCAAGCUCCGAGAGUGGGUCAAAACGGGCCCGGUAGCGAAGGUUCCCGAGCGCAAUCAGUUGGACCUCACUCUGGGGCAGGCGCCAGACCUGUUAAGCCAAAGCUAUCCUGCGCAGGGAAGUAGCAAGAUCGUGAUGGAUCCGCUAAGUAUGACCCUGACAGAGGAUAGCCGGCUGGUGCCGCAGCCAAAACGCAAAGCGGCCGCAGGCAGAGAUGGGUCAGCAGAUGCCAGCAGG